AUGCGGCCUUACCAAGAUGAACCCGACGAGAUAGUGAAGAAACGUGGAUUUCGGAACGUCUGCAUCCCCGUGUAUUUCAGUCCGGCCUCUAAGAAAGAUGAUGUCUAUGUCAGGAUACCGUUGCCGUACAAAGUUGGGGAGAGAAACUCUCCCGGCAAUGUCGAGGAGAAGCUUCGGUGUGAGGUUGCUUCCUACAUCUGGAUUCAACAAAAUUGUCCGGAUAUCCCAAUCCCUGCGCUCUAUGGAUUUGGGUUUCCGGACGGUCAAACGUUCACUGCACCCGAAAAUGUUCCGCGCUUCACUCGACUCCUGUCGUACGUCAAGCGGACCUUGUUUUUGUGGCUUGAUACAGCUACACCAAGUCGAUACAUCCGCCGGCGGCGUCUAGAUAUCCUGAAGACUGGAUAUAUCAUCAUCGGUCGGGUUAUCGAGGGAGAAAUGCUCUCGAUCUCGUGGGAUUCCUUCCGCCACGACGCGGUUCGUCGCUCAAACCUGUUUCAUGAUAUAGCCCGGAUUACCCUGUCAUUGAACAAAGCUCGUCUCCCUCGCAUCGGCUCUUUGUCCUUUAACGACAGCGGCCAUCUCACCCUGUCAUUGAACAAAGCUCGUCUCCCUCGCAUCGGCUCUUUGUCCUUUAACGACAGCGGCCAUCUCACCCUGACCAACCGUCCCCUAACACUACGCCUGCAGACCUUGGAAAAUGAAGGCAUUCCUACUCCUCUUGAUCGGAAUUCUACCUACACAGCUGUCGAGCCUUAUGUUUUGGACCUCUUGGCGUGUCACGAUCAUCGGAUUCACCACCAACCGAAUUCAAUUCAUCAUCAUGACGAUGGCGAGCAGCAACUUGCCGCUCUAACGAUGAUGCGUGCCAUCAUUCAUCAUUUCUUGGAUCCAACGUAUCGACACGGCCCUUUCGUCUUUACUCUUACCGAUCUUCACCAAAGUAAUAUUUUCGUGGACAAGGAUUGGCACAUUACUUCUCUGAUUGACCUAGAGUGGGCUUGCUCUCUCCCCAUUGAAUUCCAGUCCCUGCCGUAUUGGCUUUCGGGGCUAGCUGUGGAUGAACUGACCGGAGAACACCUGGACACUUUUCGCCGAUUGGCGACGGAAUAUCUGGACGCCUUCGAGCAAGAGGAGAGACGAAUCCUGGGGACGAACUUGUUCCAAACGCCGAUAAUGAGAAAGGGUUGGGAGACGGGGAGCUUCUGCCGCUGUGAUAAGGCAAAGAUCGACGACGAGACAGCGUACAAACAUCGACUGGAGGAGGCGUUUGCCGACAAGCUGAACAAUCUCGGGACUCAGCAUAGAAAGUAA